ACAAAACAUUUCAAAAAUAUUUCCCUGAUGUCAUUGUGUGUAUCUGUUUGUAAAAAUUGUCUCUAUAUAUACUUAAACUCUAAACAGUAACAAGUAAAUUCUUUAUGAAAUCAAUCAUUUUAUGCUAGUAAGUUAUUACUUAGCAAUGUACUUUAUUUUUUGUGUAAAUCUUGAUAUCUAACCGGAAAAGGCAGCGUAGUUAUUGUGUCACUUAUGCGGGGGCUGGAAGUGUGAGUUCAUUUGGACAGAACUUGAUGUGAUGUGGUGUGUGCGCGCGUAGGAGAGCGCUAGAUCUAUUAGACAUCUACCACACUCGAGGAGAAACAGUUUAAACCUUUGUGCUAAACAUGUUAUCAGGGAAGCUCUUGUGCCUUCUUCUAGCUCUUACUUUUUCCUCUUCUAGAAACACAGGUGCUGUGGACGUUACAGUGUCUAGUGGAGAUACUGCCUUUCUACCAUGUCCUUUACUCUUCAAGUACAGUGACUUUAUGAAGAUCAGUGUUAAGUGGGAAAAGGAUGAAGUCAAGGAGCCAAGUUUAUGUACAUAUUUUAUUAACAGUAAUGAAACUCUCAGUAUCUCUCAAUGUGGACGUCGGUUUAAAGUAAAUACAGAACCUUUAGGGCUGAAUAUAACAGAUGUUGAAAGCAACGAUGCUGGUGUUUAUAAAUGUGUGAUGACCAAAUUAAUACCACCACCAACAGCAGAGAACUCUUCAACCCUGAUGCUUAAAGUUUCGGCUCUUACCCUGCAGCUGAUGAACAGCACUAAUUCCUCCUGCGUGGAGCUGCUCUGCUCUCUGAAGGGUUUAAGACCACAGCAGGUGAACUUCACAUGGACCAGAGCAACUCAGCUUCUUUACCAUCAUGAGUCCAGCAGCAUGAGAAACACACUGACGCUCUGCAAGCCGCACUGGACAGACGGCGAGACACUCACUUGUCAAGCCAGUUACUCAAACAACCACACACUCUACAGCAAGAGCAUCACGCUUCCAUGCGACUCAGGGAGCUGUAACAUUGGGGAGGGAUCAUGGCUGACCAUUAUUAUUAUCAGCACCUGUGCAGGGCUGCUUCUCCUCAUUCUGCUUGGUGUAGCCUUUUUCAAAUGUAAGGAAAGAGGUGCUGCAAAUGGAUCCAUAGUCUACAGCAAUAAAAUCUACGAGAACUUCACUUUUUCCAGUGCUACAAUCAACACCACUUCAAGUUCACAAAACGCUCAGCCUGGUGCCGGAUCAAAUAUCAGAAGUACUACCACAUCUAAUCAACAGAUAAUCAGGCAGACUCAGAGAGAGGAGUGUAUCUAUGAGAACUAACAAUAACUGUGCAAGUGCUAUCAGAAAAACAGACUCAAGUGUUAGUCUGUGUGCAUUAUGUUUUAUUUAUGACUAGUCACUUUUUUUAAAACACACAAACUGUGGGCAUGACUAUCACAGCAUCUCUGUUCUAAUUAAAGUAGGACCAGAUUGUCAGUGUCUUCUCUGUAUAGUGGUUUUAUUUCUUCUAAAUAAAUGACAAAUGCUGCAUAACCUGGU